AUGCUGCCCACUCUUGUGUUUUGGGGACUUAUGGCCCUCAUUGGCACUUCCAGGGCCUCAUACUCAUUCACUCAUGCCAUGAAUCCUCGCCUGCAUCCUCGCCUGUACCACGGCUGCUAUGGAGACAUCAUGACAAUGGAGACCUCUGGGGCUCCCUGUGAGAUAAACAAUUUGAUUAGCUGUGGGAUCCGUGGCUCUGAAAUGUUUGCUGAAAUGGAUUUAAAGGCCCUAAAGUCUUACCAGAUUGUGAUCAAGGAAGUGGGGCAGAGAUACUGCAUCGAUCCAGCCAUCAUCGCAGCCAUCAUAUCCAGAGAAAGCCAUGGUGGAACUGUCCUGCAGAAUGGCUGGGACCACAGGGGACUUAAAUUUGGCUUGAUGCAGCUUGAUAAACAACUUUACCACCUUGUUGGUGCCUGGGAUAGCAAAGAACACCUUUUGCAGGGUGUUGGGAUUCUAGCAGACAAAAUUAAGGCGGUCCAGAGAAAGUUCCCCACGUGGAGUGUGCCUCAGCACUUAAGAGGUGGUAUCUCUGCCAUGAAGUCGGGAAUUGACACUAUUGUUACACCCAUGGACAUAGAUGUUGACUUAGUUAGUGACAUUAUUGCCCGAGCUAAAUUCUUCAAAAAGCAUGGAUUCUAG